GAUAACUCGCGCAUUGAUCCACUGUGCAAUUUUUGUGGGGCAAAAUAUAAUCACGUGUUGCUGAGGCAGCCAAUUGCAGCUGGGGAAGCUUUGAGAAAUAAUUACCUGCGUUGAUUGUUCUAUGGGUAGAUCAAAAAAAAGUACACACACUCCAUAUAAUAAUCGGAUGCAUGUAAAAGAGAACGGAACCAUCGACAUGUCGACCACGGGUCCCAUAAGUAAUUAUUAUGUGGAUUCCUUGAUACACCAUGAAAGCGAGGAUGUUCUUGCGGCUCGAUUCUCGGCUCCUGGUUCGCACUCCACCGGCCCUCGUCCAACGUCCCUUAUACCGGAGUGUGGUGACUAUCCGUCCUGCAGCUUUUCCCCGAAACCACCCGUGUUUACUACCUCUUGGGCCCCUGUUCACUCCCAGUCCUCAGUGGUUUACCACCCAUACAGCCACCAACCUCAUUUAGGAACGGACUCAAGGUAUGUGCGGUCAUGGCUAGAGCCGAUCUCGGGGACCAUGUCCUUCCCUGGCUACCCAGCCAACGGCAGACACUAUGGGCUGAAGCCCGACGCCUUCCAGGAGCAUCGAGCCGGUGACUGCCUCGCCUCCAACGGACGCAACUACACGGAUUAUCUCUACUGCACCUCCGCUGACAUUCGAGAAAAGAACCAAACCAACAUCCCUUCUCCAGAGACCGAGCUUUUGGCUUCCGGAAAGCAUAAAGACGAGAAGCCAGAAUUAGACCCAAAUAACCCAGUGGCAAAUUGGAUUCACGCGCGUUCUACAAGGAAGAAGAGGUGCCCCUAUUCAAAAUACCAGACUCUCGAACUUGAAAAGGAGUUUUUGUUCAAUAUGUACCUUACCAGAGACCGUCGAUACGAGGUGGCAAGAGUCCUCAACCUCACUGAGAGGCAGGUCAAAAUAUGGUUCCAGAACCGGCGGAUGAAGAUGAAGAAAAUGAACAAGGAAAGAACCGACGCCAACAAAGAGCAAUAAUAAAGGAAUGGUUACAAAAACGGCAAUGUACAAAAACAAGCAUCAGACAACAGUAAAAUAACCACUAUUGCCAUGGACAACAACAAAGAUAAACCAAAAUACAUUAUGCUCACUUCUUAAUGUUGGAUUUUGGGUUGGAUUUAGUUUUUGCAUUAACCCCACCUUCCAUGUUUGUUGCUAAAUAUUUUUUGUUUUAUAC